CUCAAAAUUGCCUGUAUUAUGUUGAUAUUUUUCUUGGUUAGUGGAAAGGUAGAAGGCCAACCCAAUGGUGACCCAAUCCCAGCUGAGCAAGCCAAUCCUUCAGAUGACACUGGUGCUGGUGCUGGGAGCCGUCAGAGUGAUCAGAUAGUGCAGAAAAUAGAGGAAGUGCUCUCUGGAGCCCUUGAUACAGAGCUGCAGUGCAAAUCAGAUGUAGACAAAGAUACUGUGAAAACUAGUUCUAAGUCUACAAAAAGAACUUCUACUGAAGGAGUUGGAGAUGAAAUUCCUAGGAAAAAAUCAAAGAAGAACAAGAAGCACAAAAGCAAGAAGAAGAAGAAAAAGAAGAAGAAAAGGAAGAAAGAGAAGAAGCAUAAAAAGCAGCCAAAAGAGUCAAAACAGACUGCACGUCAUGGAGAACAUGCAGACUUACAGCCUGCAUCUCACCUGAUGCCAGAGAAUUCAGGCUCCAAACUGAAUAUACAGCAUGCAGGAUCUGGAGAUUCAAAUUUGGCUGUUCACAUGCAGCCAGAAGGACUAUCCUUAAAAGCAAGUGAGGUGCUUGAUAGACAAGCUUUAGGACUUGGCUCUCACAUGAGAGAUGAUUCUCAACCACCUAAGGAAGAUCUUGGAAGUGAGAAGGGGAAUUUAUGUGCAGCAGAUCCUCAGUUUAAUUUAGAAAGCAGCAUAUCUGAUACUCAAGAACAUACUACUAUAACUCAAAUUAAAAUUUGCACUAGACAGGAACAAAUUAAAGAGUCUCAUGAAAGUAUUUAUCCUGUAGCUAUCAGUGGAAAAGAUGGAUUUCAUGUUGAUACUGGAAUUGAUACAUUAUCUAGCAUCCCAUCUGGAGUUGCCCAUAAAUCUGAACUUCAGAAAGAUCCUGAAGUAACUUCAGAAGUAGUAGAAGCAUUAAAAGAUUCGGAAGAUAUUCUGCAGACUAAAGGCACCAGGGAAGCUUUUGGUACAACUCUCGAAUAUGAACCCAUGGAAGUGCUGAAGUACUCAGAAACAGCUCUAAAAUCUGUGACACAGACGGGGGCAAAAGAAUUGGAAACAAGCUCAGAAUCUUUAGCAAAAGAUUUGGCAACAAUUCCUAAGUCUGUAAGUCAGGCAGAUACAAAAACUGUGAAGUUUGCUCAAGUGUCUAUGGCCACGGAAGAAGUAAAAAUUCCAGAAGCAAGUGAAGAAUCUGUGCUUAUGGAAAAUGUGAAAAGCACAGAAAGAUCUUUGGAAGUAGGGAGCGUGACUGGAACUCUGGAGCCAGCUCUAAAGCCCCCAGUUGUAGCUGAUGACUUGAGAAUGGCACAGCACAGCCCUAUGGAGAGUGUGAGUGUCUUUCAAACAGCCUUGGAACCUGUAGCUGUGAUGGGGAGCAUGGAAGGUAAAGAAACAGACCCACAUGUGGCUUUGCAACAUUCCUCUAAAACACCUGUGGCAAUGGCUUUAACCCAGGUGGAAGUGAGAAGUGCCAAAAUACCUGUAGGACUAGGGGCUGUAGCAGAGGUUAAAGAUGUGGAACCAACCAGAAGCUUUGUGCAGACAGAAAGUGUGAAAGCCUUGGAAGCCGCUGUGGAACCAGUUACUGUGGCAAAGACAAAAGUUUUGGAAACGAUCAUGGAACCUGUGGGUAUGACAGGAGCAAAAGAUGUCAAAGCAACCCGAGAACAUCUGGAAGUUGAAGUUACCAAAGGUUUAGAAGGAACCCUUGAUUCUGCAACAGUAUUAAAUGCUUCAGAAGUGGCUUUAGAGCCUAAAGUGACAGAAACAAGAGCUUUGGAUCGAACCCAGGGAUUUGCAGUUCCAGUAGAAGUAACAAAUGUGAAUGUAGCUCAAGAAUCUCUACACAUGGGAGGUAUAAAAAAAAUCCAAGAGGCUAAUAAUUUGGAAACAAAUUUACAAGCUGUAGCUGUGACAGAAUUAAAAGCAACAGUGCACCAAGAGCCUCAGCAAACUGAAGCUUCAGGAGCAGCCCUAAAAUAUAUGGUCACAGAGGCGAAAGACUUAAAAGCAACUUCAGAACCUGUUGUGGAGGCAUUUGUCCCCAAAACAGCUUCAGAAAUGCAGAUGAUGGAGGGUUGUAAAGGCCCACAAGCAACUAUGGAAGUUGUGAUACCAGCAGGGAUAAAAAGUACAGAAACAAAUCAAGCUGCUCUGCAAUGGGAAAAUAAUGCCUCAAAAUUUCCAGAAACAACUCUGAAGCCUCCAGCCAUAACAGAGGCAAAAUAUUCAGAGAGAUCUUCAUUACUGGGACAAGUAGAGGAGCUGAGAGAAUCAAGAUCUGAGAGUGAGUCAAACGUGAAAGAAUUGGAAGUAGCUCUGGAUCGUACUGCAGGAGUAGAAGCAGCCUCAGAUACUGCUUUCUCAUCUGUGAAAAUUGGAGAUGAAAAACAUCUGGAAAAAAGUUCUGUGAGAACAACCUUACUACCUGCAGGAGAGACAGAAGGGAAAGGUUCAGAAGCAAUGCUCGACAGAGCCAGAGCAGGGAUGAAAACAUCUCCAUUGCAUCUGCAGAUGGAAGCUGCGAAAGAUUUAGAAGAUUCGGAGUCUUUGCGCAUGGCAAAGACGAAAGCUUUGGAAGCUGUGUUUCAGCCUGCACCCCUUGCAGAGGCAAAGGGUCUAGGAGAAAAUGUAUGUUCUUCAAAAAUUGACACCCAAGUUUUGGAAGCAAGUCCAGGACUUCCGUCCUUAACAAGUUCAGAAAGAACUUCUGAAUCUGUGUUUGCACUGACAGAAGUGACACAUUUGAAAAUUGCAUCAGAGAAAGAACUAAAACAUGUGGAAACAACUGUAGAACCUGUUUUUGCAAGCCAAGCAAAGAGUUCAAUCGUUUUACAGUCUGACAUCAUGACAGACAGAGAGCUGAAGAUAGCUUCACAAACUGAGGUAACAACCUCGAGAAUGAUCUUAGAACCUAAGGUGCCUGGAGAAAUAAAACCUUCUGAAGUUGCUCCUGAAGAUAUGAACAAAGCACAGGUGAAGAACAAAGAAGCGACACUGGAACCUGUGCAAACAAUGGAGAAAACUUUGGAAAAAAAUUCAAAAUCUCUGCAUGUGGAAGAGUUGGAAACAGCUGCAACUGUGGAUCAUUCAGAAACUAUAGAAUCUUUACCUGGAGUGCAAGAAAAAAAUCUCGCAUCAGACGCAGAGACAGAAAUGAGAAACUUGGGAGGAACUUUGGAAACUAAUAUUUCAACAGAUGCAAGAAAUCAGGGACCUACUGUAGAAUAUAUAAUUGCAACAAGGAGCACAGGUAUAAAAAAAGUUGAGUCUUCAUAUAUGGUCAGUUUCAAAGAUUUGGAAGAAGCUUCAGGUACUGAGAACGGAAUGAAGGAUGCAGAGAUGGCAUCAGAAGCUAGAGAAAUUAGUUCUUUGGAAAGCAGGAAAGAACCUACAAUGGUAGAAAGGAAAGAUUCUGAAGGAGUUACGGAAUCUGAAAUAUGCAUGCAUACUCAAGAUGUGGAAACUUCUCAAAAAUCAGAAGAGGCAAGGAUGGUGAAUGUUUUACAAGAUGCUUCAGAAACAUUUACCAUAGCAAAACAGGAUUCAGAAGCUGUUUCAAAGUCUUUGCACGCUGAAAAGACAGAACAUCCACAAGUGGCUGCAGAAGUCUUGAGUGCUGCUGAAAUGAAAUCUUCUGAAGCAGUUCCAAAACCAGGUGAGGUGAAAGAUCUGGAAGUGCCAGAACCUGAAGUAGCCGCAGAAUUACAACAUCCAAAAGUCGUACAGUAUGAGCAAACGGAGGAUGUGAGAGUUCCAGAACAAAUGCAGGAGUGUGAGACACAGGCUGAGAAGAAAGAUACAGAACAAACUAUACCAUCUGAGCCUGUAAAAGAAAUAAAUGAUAGGAAGACUACUCCAGCACCUGUGGCAAAUACAGAAGCAGCUGUUAGUUCUUUACAUGCAUCAGAUGAAAAAGACUCAGCAGCAACUCCAGAAUCUGGAAUGACUGGAAACCUAAAACUCGCGGAACCUGGUCCAUCUGAGGUGGCAAAAACAAAAGAUUUGGAAGCUGCUCCAUUACACGAUGCUGUUGUAGAGCUGAAAGAUUCAGAAGCAGCUGCAGGGCCAGAGAUGGGGACAAAAGAUUCAGAAGCAGUUCCAGAACCUGAAGCUGUUACAGAAGAAGGUCCAGAACUGGAAGCGGGAGAGUUAGAAGAAACUCCAGACGAUGAGGCUAUGAAAGAAUCAUCACAGGCAGAAGAAGCAAGAGAUUCGGAAACAUCUGAUGUGCAGCCUGAUGUGGCAGCAAGAAUGAGAGAGACACUAAUGAGACUUGAAAAAGUUUUUGAAAAAAGCCACAGAAGUGAUAAAAAGCAUGAUUCAAAGAAACAAAAAAGGAGUCGCUCUAAGUCUCAUUCCAGGUCUAAGAAGAGGAAAAAAAAAUCAAGGUCAAGCUCUACUUCUAGGCGCUUGACUUCUAAAAGAGCACGUUCUAGGAGCAGAAACUAUUCAGUUUCAAGAAAAAAGCAUUCCAAAUCUAGAUCCCGGUCUGUGGAGAAGAGAGAAAGAAGAGUAUCCUCCCGGAGGUCCCGACGUAGGCGUUCCAAGUCCUCAGACCACUACAGGUCUAAAUCCAGAUCGGCAGAAAAGAGAGGGAGCAGACUGUCAUCUGGGAGGUCCAGGCGUAGACGUUCCAGGUCUUCUGAUCGCUACAGGUCGAAAUCCAGAUCAGUGGAAAAGAGCAGACUGUCCUCCCGAAGGUCCCGGCGCAGACGUUCGAGAUCUUCAGACCGCUACAGGUCUAAAUCCAGAUCAGUGGAAAAAACUUUGUCCUCCCGAAGAUCUGGGCGCAGGCGUUCCAGGUCCUCUGAUCGCUACAGGUCGAAAUCCAGAUCAAUGGAAAAGAGCAGACUGUCCUCCCGAAGGUCCAGGCGCAGGCAUUCGAGGUCUUCUGAUCGCUACAGGUCUAAAUCCAGAUCAGUGGAAAAAACGCUGUCUUCCCGAAGGUCUGGGCGCAGACGUUCUAGAUCCUCUGAUCGCUACAGGUCUAAAUCCAGAUCAGUGGAAAAACCAGUGUCCUCCCGAAGGUCCAGGCGAAGACGUUCGAGGUCUUCUGACCGCUACAGGUCCAAAUCCAGGUCAGCAGAAAAGAGACUAUCAUCUUGGAGGACCCGACGCAGACGUUCCAGAUCCUCUGACCGUUCUAAAUCUAGAUCCAGGUCUUCAGAAAAGAGGGGAGGCAAGGAAUAUUCCUGGAGGUUCAGAAACAGGUCUGUUUCUUCUGAUCGUUCAAAAUCUAGGUCUAGAUCUGUUGAAAAGAGGAGUCGGAAGGCAUCUCUACGGAGGUCUAAACGUCAACGCUCCAAGUCUUCUGACCGUUACAAGUCUAGAUCCAAAUCAGUAGAAAAAAGAGAGCGUAAGCAAUCACGGAAGUCUAAACGUCAGCGCUCAAAGUCCUCUGAUCGCUACAAGUCUAGAUCUAAAUCAGUGGAAAAAAAGAAGGAGUCUUCACGAAAAAAGCGUCGUCGCUCAAAGUCUUCUGACCGUUACAAGUCUAGAUCAAAGUCUGUUGAAAAAAAGCGCAAGGAAUCUUCGAAGAAAUCUAAACGGAAGCGCUCAAAGUCCUCUGACAGUGUUAAGUCAAGGUCCAAAUCUGUGGAAAAAAGAGAGAGCAACUUGUCUUCAGUGAAUAAACAUACUGAGUCUUCUGAACAUCAAGAGACAAGAAGCAAAUCUCCUGGAGGAGUAUAUGGUCCCGAACUUCCUGUGACAUUUGAAGGCAGCGCCUCCAAAUCCUCUGAUGGUGCUGUGUCAAUAACUUCAUCUACUGAAAAAGUAAAUGGUCCAGAGCUGCCAUUGGCACCUGAAAGCGGACUUCCCAAAACUUCAGAUGACCAUGAGACAAGAUCCUCAUCUGUUGAAAAAACAGAGGAUCUGCAGCCUUCUGUGGUGUCUGAACUUGAAAGUUCCAAAGCCACAGAUGACCAGGAAUUGAGACCCAUGCCCGUGGAAAAAGCACAGGUUUCGGCUCUUCCUCUGACAACUGAAAAUGGGUGUUCUGCUCUUUAUGACCAAGACGCUGAAUCCAUGGCAGCUGAAAAAGAAAUGGUUCUGGAACCUUCGUCGCUACCUGAACCUCUGUGUUCCACACCCAAGUCAAGAUCCUCAUCUGUUGAAAAAAGAGGGGAUCCAAAGCCAUUGAUAUCAGAUUUUCAGCUUUCCACAUCCCCUGAAAAUGAAUUGAGGUCUACAUCUCUCAAAAAAAUACAAGGUCCAGAGCAUCUUGGAUGCUCUGUAUCUUCUGAUAAUUGCAACUUGGUCUCCUUGUCCUUGGAAAAAACAGAGCUUCAGACGUCUUCUCUAACGUCUGAAAGUGUGGUCUCUGACUUUACUGAUCGUCGUGAAGUGAGACCUGCCCCUGUUCAGAAAUUUUGGCGGCUGUCUGGAAGUGGAUCUUAUAAACUGCCUGAUGGGCCUGUGUCUGCCCUGGUUUCUGGCAAUGGAUCCUCCAAAUUACCUGGUAGACGUGAGAGUUCAUUGGUGUUUGGAAGUGGGUACUUAAAGUCAUCUCAGGGAAAUGAAUUGGGAUCCUUUUCUGCUGAAAAAGUAAAGCCUCUGGAUGCUUCUGUGUCAUGUGAACGUGCUCCUGUUAAGGUCUCAGAUGACCUCAUGUCAUCUUCAUCUUUUUCAAAAGCGGAGGAGGUUACGACAUCUGAGGGGGAAAGCUGCAAGUCUUCUGAAGUUUGUGAGUCUGGAUCAGCUGUUGACAAAGAUCUAGGCAGUCUGGAAUCUUCACAGGUACCUGGCAUUGUCUGCUCUGAAUCUUCUGAAGUGUGUGAAUCUCUCUUACCUGAAAAAGCAGAGAGUACAGAAUCUUUUUCGAUGCCCAAAGGAGAAUUACCUGCAUGCCAUGAUGGCAGCGAGUCAAAAUACACUUCUUCUGAGAAACUGGAAGGUGCAGAACCGUCAGUGGCAUCUGAAGUUAGGUGUUCAGUAUUUUCAGAAGAAUUGAGAUCCACCGCAGUUGAGAAGUUAGAUGCACAAAAGCCUCCACUGGCAAGUGGAUCCUCUGAAUCCACUGUUGUUGACUCACUAAGCCCUCUUAAUGAAAAAUCGGAGUCCCGGGUGACUUCUCCGACAUCUGAAGGUGGGCAUUUCCUCUUGACUGAUAGUCAUGAGUUGAGACCUAUCCCUACUGAAAAAGCAGAGGUGCAGAAGUCAUAUUUGGCCUCUGAACUUGAAAGCACUGUAUCUCCUGAUGGCUACAAGUUGAGAUCUGCCUCUGAAGAAAUUCAGGUGCAAGAGCCAUCUCUGAUGUUGGAAAGGAGAUGUUCUGUUUCCUCUGAUGGUCACGAGUUGACGUGCAUACCUGCAGAGAGAGCUGAGGUGCAGAAACCUUCUCAAAGGUCUGAGAAUGAAUACGCAACAUCCCUGGAUGGUCAGGAGUUGAGAUCACCCCCUGUUGAAAAGGUAGAAGAACUGAGAUCUAGCUCUCCUGAAAAAGCAGAGAUGCCUUGCGUAGAGGAGCCUUGUGUAAUACCUGACAAUGAAUAUGCUGUAUCCACUGAAGAUCAGGAAUUGGCACCUUCUCUUGCUGAAAAGACAGAGAUACAGCAGUGUUCUUUGCUGCCUGAGAAUGAAUGCACCAUAACCCCUGAUAGUCGGGAGUUGCGAGCCAGCUCUGCUGAAAAAGUAGAGGUGCAGGAACCUCUGACAUCUGUCAAUGAUUAUGCUACGUUCCCUGAAGGCCAGGAAUUGCAAUCUACCCUUGUGGACAAAGCAGAGGUGCAGGAGCCUCCUCUGAUAUCUGACAGUGAACGUGCUGCAUCCCCUGAAGAUCAGGAUUUGCUGUCUACCCCCGCUGAAAAAACAGAGGUGCAGGAAUGUUCUCUGCUAUCUGAAAAUGAAUAUGUUCUAUCCCCCGAAGGCCGUGAUUUGACAUCGAGCCCUAUUGAAAAAGAAGAAUCAGAGGAACCUUCUGAAACAUCUGAAAGUGGAAGUUCGGUGUCCACUGAUAGCCAGGAGUUGCAGUCUACUCCUGUUGAAAAAACAGAGGUACAGGAACUGUCUCUGAUGUCUGAAGGUGAAUGUGAAAUGUCCCCUGAAGGUCAGGAAAAAGCUAUGUCCCCUGAAGGCUAUGAAUCAAGACUGCCCCAUGAUGAGAAAGUAGAGGAUAGGGAUUCUUUGACAUCUGAAAAUGAUCAUUUGUCUUCUGAGGGCCAGGAGCUAAGUUUCACCCCUGUUCAGAAAGCAGACAUGCAAGAGCGUUCUCUGACACCUGAAAGUGAACGUUCAGCAUCCCCUAAUGACCAGGAGUUGAGAUCCCCUCUUGCUGAAAAAGUAGGUGGUCUGGAGUCUUCUUUGACAUUAAAUGAUCGAUCGUCCAUGUCUCCUGAUGGCAGUGAGCUGAAAUCCGUCCCUGGUGAAAAAACGGAGGAUGGGAUGCCUUCUUUAAUGCCUGAAAGUGGGUGCUCUAUGUCCCCUGAUGGCUACAGUGUGAAAUCUGCUCCUGGUGAAGAAAUUGAGGAUCUAGAGCCCUCUUUGAUAUCUGAACAUAGACAUUCCACAUCCCCUGAUCAUGAUGGCCAUGAAGAAGAGUGUCCAGAGUCCUCGUUGACUUCUGAACAUAGAAGAUCCAUGUCGCCUGAUGACCACGACCAGAAAUCUACUAUAGAUGAAGAUAUAGAAGAUAGGGAGCCCUCUUUAACAUCUGAACGUAGACAUUCCUCAUCUCCUGAUGAGCAUGAUUCAAGAUCUUCCAUUGGUGAAGAAGUGGAGUACCAGGAGGCAACUUUGACGGUUGAACGUAGACACUCUGUUUCUUCUGAUGGCCAAGAGUCAAGGUCUACCACUGGUGAAGAAAUAGAGGAUGUGGAGCCCUCCUUGACAGCUGAACGCAGACAUUCCACAUCCUCUGAUGAGCGUGAGUCGAGGUCUUCUGCUGAUGAAGAGGUUGAGGAUGCAGAGCCAUCUUUGACAACAGAGCGCAGACACUCCACAUCCUCUGAUGAACAGGAAUCAAGGUCUACCACUGGCGAAGAUGUAGAGGAUGCAGAGCCUUCUUUGACAGCUGAGCGUGGACGCUCUCCGUCUCCUGACGGACGUGAAUCGAGAUCUACCACUGGUGAAGAAGUAGAGGACGAAGAACCCUCUUUGACAGCUGAACGAAGAGACUCCACAUCCUCUGAUGAGCAGGAGUCAAGGUCUACCACUGGUGAAGAAGCAGAGGAUGGAGAGACCUCUUUGACAGCUGAACGAAGAGACUCCACAUCCUCUGAUGAGCAGGAGUCAAGAUCUACCACCGGUGAAGAAGGAGAGGAUGCAGAGCCCUCUUUGACAGCUGAACAUAGACGCUCCACAUCCCCUGAUGGGGGUGAAUCAAGGUCUACCACUGGUGAAGAGGUAGAGGAUAUGGAAACCUCCCUGACAGCUGAACGUAGGCACUCCACGUCCUCUGAUGAACGUGAGUCUACCACUGGUGAGGAGGCAGAGGAUGCGGAGCCUUCUUUAACAGCUGAACAGGACACGUCUCUUGAAAAAUUGGAAGGACAGGAUAGUAGGCGUUCCGAGUCUUCUGAACGCGAGAGAUCUAGAUCCAAAUCUGCCGAAAAAGCAUCUGACAAAGAGUCUUCACGAAGAUCUAGAAGUAGACGUUCAAAAUCUCUUACUGUGCAAAAGAGUCGAUCCACAUCUGUUGAGAAAACAGCAGACAAAGAAUCUUCACGAAGAUCUCGACAUAGACGCUCCAGGUCCACUGCUCGUCAAAAGAGUAAAUCCACAUCUGUUGAAAAAACUGUAGACAAGGAAUCUUCUCGGAGAUCUAGACAUAGACGCUCCAGGUCCACAGCUCACCAAAGGAGUAGAUCCACAUCUGUUGAAAAAACUGCAGACAAAGAGUCUUCACGGAGAUCUAGACAUAGACGCUCCAGGUCCACUGCUCACCAAAGGAGUCUGUCCAAGUCUGUUGAUAAAACAGCUGAUAAAGAGUCUUCACGGAGAUCUAGAAGCAGACGCUCCAGGUCUUCUCAACGCAGAUCCCAGAGGUAUGAUACAGAAUCUCGCUCUAGACGGAAUCGCUCCCGAUCGGUAACACGCAGAAGAACGUCAAGAUCAAAAUCUAAUCGUCGCUCUCGAUCUAGCUCGCUCUCUCGUUCAAGGCACAGGAGGAGGAGUAGGUCGAGAUCAGCAUCAAGAAGAAGGCGUUCUUUAUCAAGAGACAGACGUAAAAGAUCUCAGAGAAACAGAUCAAGAUCUACUGAUAGAAGAAGGAGAAGAUCAGAUUCAAGAGAUCGUAGAAUAUCACUCAGGUUACGUAGCAGGAGUCGAACACCUAUUCGUCAAAGGCGAUCAAGGUCAAGAGGAAGAAGGCGGAGCUCCAGCAGGUCCCCAAUUCGACUACGGCGAUCAAGAUCUUCAGGGAGAAGAAGAUACAGCAGAUCACCUGAUCGUCGAAGGUCCAGGUCAUCUGAAAGGUUUGCCAGCAGAUCGCCCAAACGUCUUACAGACUUGGACAAGGCCCAGCUACUUGAAAUAGCCAAAGCUAAUGCAGCUGCCAUGUGUGCUAAGUCUGGUGUUCCCUUACCACCAAGCCUGAUGCCUAUGUUAUCUCAAAAGAAAGAUGACAAGUCCAAUAAGUCGUCAAGAGAUACUCUAAAGGAGCUCACUGAGAAAUGCAAGAAGAUUGCUCAAAGUACAGAUGACGUGAUAGUGAAUAAACCUCAUGUUUCUGAUGAAGAGGAGGAAGAACGUCCUUUCUAUAAUCAUCCCUUUAAGCUCAAUGAACCAAAACCCAUUUUUUUCAAUUUAAGUACUCCAAGUAUAAAACCAGCACCACCACCACAACCAAAAAAUCAGGUCAGCCUGUCAAAGGAGUUUCCUGUCUCGUCUGGGUCUCAGCAUAGGAAAAAAGAAGUAGAUAGUGUCUAUGGAGAAUGGGUACCAGUUGAAAAAGGCAAAGAAGAUGGCAAGGAUGAUGUUUUCCCCAAACCAGCCAUUGAGGGUGUGGACAUAACCACAGCUAUGAAUGAUCGAGCAGUGGCUCAGAAAAGGCUUAAUGAGAAUUCGUUUGAUUUAGAGGCCAUGUGCAUGUUAAAUCGUGCACAGGAACAGAUCGACGCCUGGGCUCAGUCAAACUCCAUACCUGGCCAGUUCACAGGAAGUACCGGAGCACAGAUAUUGUCCUCAGAGGAAUUGUCCAACAGUGGUCCCCAAGCAUGGAUUAGAAAGGAUCAGUUCUUAAGAGCAGCCCCAGUAACUGGAGGAAUGGGAGCUCAGCUGAUGAGAAAAAUGGGCUGGAGAGAAGGAGAAGGGCUGGGAAAAAACAAAGAAGGCAGCGUUGAGCCUAUUAUGGUUGACUUUAAGACGGAUCGAAAAGGGCUUGUUGCUGUGGGAGAGAAGGCACAAAAGAGAUCUGGACAUUACAGUGUGAUGAAGGACCUUUCAGGUAAACAUCCAGUCUCUGCAUUGAUGGAAAUAUGUAACAAACGAAGAUGGACACCACCCGAAUUUGUGUUGGUAGAUGAUAGUGGGCCUGAUCAUCGCAAACAUUUUAUUUUUAAGGUGAGAGUCAAUGGAAAUGAAUAUAGGCCUACUUUUGCCAGCCUUAAUAAGAAGCAUGCUAAAGCCACAGCAGCAACUGCGGCUCUCCAAGCGAUGGGACUUGUACCAAAGGAAAGCAUGGCCACUACCACCAUGUUUAGGAGUGCCUCACACCGCUAGAUAUUGUUUUUUAUAUUGACAUUAUUUCAGAUAAUUUUACUCUGCACAGAAAAUGGUAUUUGCCCCUUCAUGUUGUAAAUACAUUGGCAAUUCCCACGUUGUAAAAACUGUACAGACACCUUCAGGUUUUUCUUUUGUACCAUCAAAAUGUAUUUAAAUCAUACUUAGUUUUUGGUAUGUUUAUAUUGUUUACAUUAGUGAUGUAAUUAUUUCUUAAAUGACUAAAAUCAGACAACAGACUCUGGAGGCAUCAGUAAUCUAAACCCUUGUUUUAAAACUCAUGCAAUUUCUCUUCGAUAUGGAAUGUUAACUCUUUCAUACUGUUUUGUACUAUGCUGCAAGUUUUCCCCUGGUCUCGGUAAAGCUCCUCUCGCCCUUUUGCCCAGAGCUGGCGAAAGGCCACACGGCUUCUCCUUAGUC